AUGGUCUGGGUCCAGUACGACGGCGAUUCUCGUCAGUUAGAAGUGUUCAUGGCCGAACAGUUGCAGGACCCAAAAACGAGCGAUUUCGUCAUCAGGCCCAGACCCACAACUCCAAUCUUAACGGCUAAUCUCAAUCUCAAGGACAUUGUGGAGCAGAAUUCCUACUUCGGUUUCUCUGCAUCGACCGGCAGUGCAAUCCAGCUCAAUUGCUUAUUGAGAUGGAAUCUGACGGUGGAGAAUUUGUCAGGUGUUGGGAGUGAAGAUAGCAAAAGUCAGGGGCUGAAGAUAGGACUUGGAGUGGGUGUACCCGUGGUGGUGCUGCUCCUGUUGGGCUUGGGAGGGCUGGUAUAUUACGUGCACAAGAGGAGGAGGGCCGCCGCUUCCGACCCGAAUAUCUUAGGGGCACUCAAGAGCCUUCCGGGCACUCCAAGGGAGUUUGAGUUCAAGGAGCUGAAGAAGGCUACGAACAACUUCGACGAGAAGCACAAGCUAGGUCAAGGUGGCUUUGGGGUGGUCUAUAGGGGUGUCCUACCCAAAGAGAAUUUGGAAGUGGCUGUGAAGAAAUUCUCCCGGGAUAAUCUCAAGGGUAAAGACGACUUUUUGGCUGAGCUCACCAUUAUCAACCGCCUCCGCCACAAGCAUCUCGUCCGGCUACUUGGAUGGUGCCACAAAACUGGGAUGCUACUCAUAGUAUACGAGUACAUGCCGAACGGUAGCUUGGACAACCACCUUUUCGGGGGUCCUGAGAAUGCAACACUAGGCUGGAGCCAAAGGUACAAAAUUGUAUCCGGGGUGGCGUCCGCCUUGCAUUACCUCCACAACGAGUACGACCAAAGAGUGAUCCAUAGAGACCUCAAGGCCAGCAACAUAAUGCUAGACUCCCACUUCAACUCCCGCCUCGGCGACUUUGGCCUCGCACGUGCCUUGGACAACGAGAAAACCUCGUAUGCCGAGCUCGAGGGUGUACCGGGCACAAUGGGGUACAUCGCACCCGAGUGCUUCCACACGGGCAAGGCCACGUGCGAGUCUGAUGUGUAUGGGUUCGGGGCAGUGCUUCUAGAAGUUGCGUGCGGUCAACGACCAUGGACCAAAAUGGGCGGGUUUCAGUGUGUGGUGGAUUGGGUUUGGUCCUUGCAUAGAGAAGGGCGUGUCUUGGAGGCCGUGGACGAGAGGCUUCGGAGUGAUUACGUGGCAGAGGAAGCUGAGAGGCUUUUGCUUCUUGGGCUGGCCUGCUCUCACCCUAUUGCCAACGAGAGGCCCAAGACCCAGGCCAUUAUCCAAAUCAUUUCCGCGUCGGUUCCGGUGCCCCGAGUCCCGCCCUUUAAACCCGCUUUUGUGUGGCCCUCCUCCUCUAUGCCCGAAGGAGUCAGCAGCGUAGCCAACACUGUGAGUACGACGUCGUCAUGGCCUCUUGGGAUAUCAGUUUCGGAUAGAUCUGAAUGGACCCCACGCUCACGCUACGACAGCCAGGACAGCUAUGGAGGAGCAGGAGGAUAUUGCGACAGCUCCUCCCUGGUUUAA